GCUCCGACACAAGUCCGAGAUACUUUUAGGUAAGCUGUGAAGUUUCUCUGAGCCACAGACAACCUUACAGCAGCGGGGAACAAAAAUGGACAGCACGGAUAGUAGCAGAGACUCGGCCGCAGAGAACAGCGGUUUGACCCGUAGAGGGGAGAGCGGAAGACGGUCGGAGCUGCUUAUGUAUCUUACCUGUCUACCGGAGAGAUACCGGACAGCCAAGUUCAGCCUGGCGGCUUACCUGCUCUGCUGGGCUCUGUUCAGAUGGUACCAGAAACUCAGAUGCCAGUCUGCUCCUCUACAGCCUCAGGAAGCCCUUGAAGACACCCCCCACCUUUCUGAAGGAUUAGGCUUAGAGGAGGGGGAUUUGGGUGCAGACUCCUUGGAAUGGUGCGAGAGAAGCAUAGGAGGCGGCGACACAUCUGAUGAGUACUUUGACACUCGCUCAUGGCAGAGUGACACCCUAUCAGAUUUAACUCCAGAUGGGGAGGACUGUCUGGUUGCCCUGCUUGGACUGGAGGACGCCUGUGAUGGUCAUCAAGCAACAGGCAGCAGCUUCCGCACUGGGCAGAGUAAAGCCCGAAGGAGAGAGCUAGUGACAACCAAGGACAGUCACAGAGAUGCCACAGAGACCUAUGUUGGGCAAACCAGUUGUGGCAGAAGGAAAAGCCCGGAGAACCAUCUAGACCCUAAUAUUCCCCUAAAGCUCAGCACCAGAGACCUGUGCUCAGUUGAGAUCCAACCUCAUCCAAAUAAAGAGAAAUUAAGCCUCGACUUGCACCCAGAACAGUCCGGUUUACAGGCUGUUUGCACAGAAACUCAAGUCAAGGGCUGCACAGAGCCAGACAGUUUACAUGUACUGAGCCAACACAACACAAAGGUAAAUACUCCGCCAGACACUCAGGAAGAGAAGCUGCAUGCACAGCCUGAAGAAAGCUAUCCCAACAGACUGAAUGCAUCUACAGAGUCAGAAACAUGCAUGAUUCAUACAGAUAACACAGAAGACACGCUUUUGGAGACACAAGAAGAACAAGAAGAAAGAUCAGAAAUUUGUGCUGUUCAGGAUGUAGAGGUACAUAAUAUUGAACUGCUCAGCACAUAUAUGGUAGAGAAAAACACAGGUUUAAAUAGAUACAACAGUGAUUUUAAUGAUAGACCUCACAGACAGAGAGAAAAUUUAGAACAUCAGGGCAUAAUCAAUGAAGACAGAGAAGUACAGGCUGUAAAAGGGCACAGCAAGGACAAAAGGGACUCACGCAAGAGUGUUGGGGCAUACUGUAAUCAAACACAUCACAAAAAAGAGAUUAAUCGUAACAAUGGCACAUUUACUGAUGUAAUAAAUGCACAAAAAUCUGACAGCAUUUGUACACCAGCACACUCUAAAGCUGAGAUUAAAUACACAGACACUGGGUUAAUUACUGAAAUUGAUGCAGCAAGUCUCAGCAUCACAGAUGAACAUGACACAAAGACAAACAGUGUAUCACAUAACACAAAGUCAGAACUGAGAGACACACUGGAUACGCAAAUUAGUGUACUGGCACACAAGGUAGACAUUUGCUGUUCACAAACUCAGUGUGAAGAGAGCCCCAACAGAGGACUGUCAGCGAUCCACCCUCAAGUUUGUAAUAGUGUAACAACGCCCCAGGAUAAGGCAAGGGUGUCAGGUGUCUGCUUCCAGGCGGAGCAGUGUGGGUGUGCUGGCAGUUUCACAGAGGGGACUACACCACCUGGGACAGUAAAUGAAAUCUGUUCCUCCAUAACAUUUUCCACAGAGACCACAACCUCUUUCCCAUUGGACACCUGUGCUAUUGAGCAGACUGCUGUUCCAAAGGUUACUAAACUAGCCUCACCUGUCCUGUUGGAAGGCUCAGACAGGGAGGAGCUCCGUGGGAGGGGACCAGAUCCAAAACAACCAGGUCGAACCCAGGAUUUAAUCCUUAAUCACGCAGAUCAGGGGGGUACUUCAGUAGAAAUACCCUUUCAUAGGCAACUCCAUUCAGUGGACAAGCUAUUGAGGAAGGCACAGUCAGCCUCCAUAGAACCAAGGCCUGACUCAGCUCAAAUCCAGUCUGACACGGGUAAGGUGUCUGAGGAAUGUCUUCCUCCUCACUCAUUCUUGAGUAAUCUGCUGUUUUUAUCUGGCACCCAAGGAGCAGACCCCUCCCUGCUGUUAUCAGAGAAGUUUAGUGGAGAGAAGGGAAGGGUAGGAUCACCCUGCUCUCUUCUCUGGCAAACCAAGGAAUGGGAGGGGGAGGGCAGUUAUGUUUAUCUUGACCAGGAACCAACUGCGGAAGCAGUUAGCAAAGUCAGUCUUCCACAGUCACAAUUUGGCACAACAAAUCUUUCUGAGCAUAGUGAGUUGAAAGUUAUUCCCAAAGCAAUUUCCAGUGAACCUAAUGCCUGCUUUCUUUCUAAGCAUCUGCUUACUAAGAUAGGGGAAACGUCAACACGUCCUGUUGCUACUGAGUCCAUUCAGGACAGUAGUGGAGAAUAUCCAGGUGUAGCUCAAAAGUCAACUUCCACAGACAUACAAACCACUGUCAGUACAGUUUCUAGUCAUUGUAAGCAAGUUCAGCUGGAUCUGAAGAUUCCUGAACCUCACUGUAGCCUGAAAACCUCCCUUUCUCUGCUCUCAGACUCCAACAAUAACACCAAGGCCAGUAUAAAAAGGGUGCAAAGAGAGGGGGGUGGAGGCAGUUUCUCAGGCGGAGCCCAGAGAGACUACAAAUGUAAUGAGAAAAUAGUUUGUGCCCUGGUUGUGCCAUCAACAAACGUUACCCUUAAUUUUUUGGAAGAUGUAGACAAGCCCCAAGAGGUAUGUGAUGUGUCGCUGUCUUCACUAGACCACAGAUCCAACUGGAGCAGUGAGGACUCUGAAUAUGUGCAAGAAAAAGAACUUGAUAGAUGCUUUCAUUUAAGCCCAGUUCAUGCAGAUGAGCUAAAAAAACAAAAUAUUGAGGAUAACAUGGUUGUUGGAAGUCUAGAGCUGAAGUGUUCUAACUCGGAAAGACAUGACGGCCUUAAGCACUUAAGAUCAGAAGAGGACAGUGAAUUUAAAGAAGACAAUCAACCAGGGGAUCACAGCUUACCUAACAGAAGAAUAGGCAGCUUAUCUGAAUCAUUAGAGACAUAUACACUGGCUGAGAAGUGCAGAGAGCACACACAGGAGAGCUUGCCAGUUCCACAGCAGGAGGUGAGGGUAGUAAAGUAUACUCACCCUGACGUCAACCUCAACCUGCUUGCUGUCAGAAGUUUAGAGCCGAUUUGGGAGGCUGAGCGUUCACUGGAAAACUGCGGCACAACAGAGGACAAUUUAAAAAUAGAAGCAAACAAGGAAUAUGAGAUCAUGAGGCCUGCUGAGAAAGUAAGGGAUAUUGUUAACGCUUCAGAGGACAUCUCCAGUUCUAAGGGUCACCAACACCAGACUGAACAGGAAGAAAAGUCUUUAACCACUGCUGUGUUAGAACCUGAAGAUGACACAGCUACACCUGUCCUGUGCAGUAGUAGUGAAAAGCACUGUAGACCUAUGACUGUUGCCUAUGAUGCUGUGUGUUACACUUCAGCUAGCAGUAACUGCGAUGAGUUGGAGAAUCCUCACUUUGCUAUUUCAGAAAGAAAUGCUAAUCUUGACAAAAUGAUUAAGAGAAGCAAAACAAAAGGCAGCCAGACAGGAAAUAGAGGCUCUAAGUUUUCUGUCUUUGCUAAAAUGCCUUCUUUUAGAAAGGCUAAGGGCUCAAAGGGUGCCAAAAGUGAGGACGCACCACAGGAGUCAUCAGAUGGAGGAGGUGAGGGCUUUUUGCCUGAUCAAGGGCCACAGAAGGACAACUCAGAUGAUGAGGUUUUUGUCAAAGGCGACAUCCUCAACCAAACAGUCCACCAAGCAUUUUCCCCAGUGCGUUACGAGAUAGAAGAAGAGGACUCUGGUUUCUUUCCCUCUACUCCCCACACUCGCCAUGUCCGUCAUCUAGUCAGCCAAGGGAGUAACGAGGUGGGUAACAGAGGAUCAAGCCCAGACAACCCCCUCCUUAGGCAAGUCCAGUCACCUAAUGGGGAAACCUAUAAGAGGAGCAAGAGCAAUGACAGUUUAAACAUUCGCAUGCGCUUUGCACAAGCACACAAGUCCCUUUCCAGCCUGUUUGAGUCCCGUUCAAUGGAUAAGGAGAAUGAGGAGCAGGCCACUGUGGGCACUGAUGUGGACUCUGGUAAGGCCAAACAAUCCUGGAGGAAACUAAAAAAGGCCAAGGAAGCUGAGCUGCUGAAAAGAACUCUUUCAGUGCCAGAUGGGGAAUACAGCAGCACUGCUUCUGGGCUGGACAGUGGACACUUUAUGUCCUCUCCACUCCUGGAUAGGCUCAGCAAUCCAGGGUCACCAUCCUCCCUCAGAACCCUUUGCCACACUGAUCCCAUCUCCAAACGGGGAGUUCCACAUGGGAGUGGAAAGGAAAGCCCCCAUGGGUGCAAAUCUGAGGGCCAGAGAAGGAAGUGUUCACCAAAUGGUCUACCUACCACACUGUGUGUGUCUGGCCUACCUCCAUUUUUAGAUGACUCUGCAGUCCCACUGUCAAAUCACGACAGCCCUGUUUCACCUUUGAGCCCCAGCUCACUAGCCACCCUUACUCAUCAGCAUUCGCCUUCCUGGACAAGGUUCCACCCAGUGGCCAGUGAGGGCUUGACUGAGAGCCCCUUACGGCCAAUGAGCCCUAAACCUAACAGCCCUAGGCCAGCCGCACAACGCAAAGUUUUUCGCUACCCUCACUCAUCGCGGGCCAGUUCUGUGUGUCCUAUACUUUUCGGUCAGUCGGUCAGCGUGGAGGGAUUGACAGAUCCCCCCAAGAGACCGAAGACCUUAAAACCCUCAACUAGCCCUCUGGGUGUCAGCCUCAGCCUCCUGGAUGCAGUCGAGCACAGAAUAGACAGCCAGUCACACGUCAACCUGUGUGCCAUUGGCUUCAUCAGUGAAUUAGAGGGCACACAAAACAGUGGUCGACCUGCCAUCCAGUCAAGAACAAGAAAGGCGGAGGGUGAAGGGAAGGCCUCUGCGGCUCUGGGCAGGCUGAGGACUGGCUGCUGGGUGCAUGUAGGCCAUGAUGGAGUUGGCCGGCGGCGAAGACAAAACUGUUCAGAUGACCUCUGGAUUGAAGAGCAAAAGAAAUACAAACACAAACUGGCCAGAGCCAUCAGGGGGAGUCUUGGCCAACUCAGCACACUGAUAUCUGAAGACAUGGACAAAACUGAUGCUGGAGUCACCUCAGGGCCCAUCAAGGCUUUCAGAGGGAUGCCCCUCAAGGCCCACUGCUUCUCUCAGAGCACCCCUAUUGGUCUUGACUGCCUGGGCUGGAGAAGGAACAUCUCCUACACCUCGGUGGUUAUUCCUGAUGGGGCGUCAGAGAAGGCAGGACUUGGGGACGAGCUGGGAAGCGAAGAGGAUCUGCUGUAUGAAGAGUUUCGCAGUUCUGGACAUCGCUUUGGACACCCAGGAGGAGGCGGAGGGGAGCAACUAGCCAUCAAUGAGCUGAUCAGUGAUGGCAGUGUGGUGUAUGCUGAGGCACUCUGGGACCAUGUCACCAUGGAUGACCAGGAGCUUGGUUUCAAGGCCGGUGAUGUCAUCGAAGUGGUGGAUGCCACUAACAAGGAGUGGUGGUGGGGUCGCAUCAUGGACAGCGAGGGCUGGUUUCCUGCAAGCUUUGUGCGGUUGCGUGUGAACCAGGAUGAACCCAUGGAGGAGUAUCUGGCACACCUGGAGGAGGCGCAUGCAGGAGAGGAGGACCAGGCAGGUCUGGGCUUGUUGCUGGGACCUGGUUUACCUUGCAAAGAGCAGAUGAGGACCAACGUCAUCAAUGAGAUCAUGAGCACAGAGAGAGACUACAUCAAGCACCUGAAAGACAUCUGUGAGGGUUAUAUCAAACAAUGCCGCAAAAGGACUGACAUGUUCAAUGAAGAGCAGCUUCGUACCAUCUUUGGCAAUAUUGAAGAAAUCUACCGAUUCCAGAGGAAGUUCUUGAAAGGCCUGGAGAAGAAGUUCAACAAGGAGCAGCCACACCUCAGUGAGAUUGGUUGCUGCUUCCUUGAACAUCAAACAGAUUUCCAGAUCUACUCAGAGUAUUGCAACAACCACCCCAAUGCCUGCGUCCAGCUGUCUAAGCUGAUGAAAGUCAACAAGUACGUCUUCUUCUUUGAAGCCUGCCGACUGCUCCAGAAGAUGAUCGACAUUUCCUUGGAUGGCUUCCUGCUCACUCCAGUUCAGAAGAUCUGCAAGUACCCAUUGCAGCUGGCUGAGCUGCUCAAAUACACCAACCCACAGCACAGAGACUACAAAGAUGUGGAGGCAGCCUUGAAUGCCAUGAAGAAUGUGGCAAGGCUGAUCAACGAGAGGAAACGGCGUCUUGAGAAUAUUGACAAGAUCGCCCACUGGCAGAGCUCCAUAGAGGACUGGGAGGGUGAAGACGUCCUCAGCAGGAGCUCUGAUCUCAUCUUUUCUGGAGAGUUGACCAAGCUGUCCCAGCCUCAGGCCAAGAGUCAACAGAGAAUGUUUUUCCUCUUUGACCAUCAGAUGGUGUACUGCAAAAAGGACCUCCUGCGCCGGGACAUGCUGUACUACAAGGGUCGGAUGGACAUGGACCACAUGGAGGUGAUAGAUGUGGAGGACGGCAAGGAGAAGGACUUCAACAUCAGCGUGAAGAAUGCCCUGAAGCUGCGAUCGUUGGCUGGUGAUGAGGUCCACCUUCUGUGUGCCAAGAAGCCUGAGCAGAAGCAGCGCUGGCUCCGAGCCUUUGCUGAUGAGAGGAAGCAGGUCCAGCAUGACCGUGAGACAGGCUUCUCUCUCACAGAGGUCCAGAAGAAACAGGCCAUGCUGAAUGCCUGUAAAAGCCACCCAGCUGGGAAACCCAAAGCUGUGACCAGACCCUAUUACGACUUCCUCCUGCGACAGAAACACCCCUCUCUCCCCACUGCUUUGCCCCAGCAGCAGGUUUUCAUGCUGGCUGAACCCAAGCGCAAAACCUCCACUUUCUGGCACAACAUUGGCAGACUGACACCCUUCAAGAAGUAAAAAAACAAAAAAAAAACAUCAUAAAUGAUAACAUCAUAAAUAAUAAGAAAUGCUGUGGAGAGAAGUAACAGAGGAAGAGAACGAGAAGAGCUCUCUGCUGGUGCCUGAAUAGACCCUUUUUAAUUCUUCCUCUCUUUCCUUUCCUACUUGUAACAUUGUCCUAAUUGAUAUACCGAUUUAUUGUAUAGAUGAGGAUGAUUAUGAUGAGGGGGAGAUUAUUUUUUGAAAGCACUUUAUAGGUUGGUUAACAAUCAAACUUGAGAAUGGAGACACUGAGUCAAACAGGGAGAGUGGACUCUUGCUUAACUUACUACUACUAUACCUUCAAUCAAACGCCGAUUGGUACUAAUACUACUACUGUACUGCUGCGAGUGAGCGUGGGACUCCUGACUGUGCUGCCUCUGUGAAGACGUUGCCUGUCGACAAAACCAUGUCGUUCAUUUCCACUGUUCUCUUAUUUUAUGAUUUGACAGAUGCCAACUUUUCACAGUGCCAGAUGAUUUGUUUUUGUAUUUGUUCUAUGUCUGCUUCUGAAAAAAAGGGAAAAUUGAGUAGGGGGAUAAAGUUUCUUGUUCUGCUCUCUGUGCAAAUAUAUCAUUUCAGGAUCAUUUCAGCUGGGUUUUUAAGUGUUUUGUGAUCUCCAUCUGCCAGGACUUGUUUCUGUAUUUCUCUGGUGCAUUUGUGGUAUUGUGCAAACACUUGAUAAAAAAAACAAAAACAUAAAUGCAGCCCAAAGAAGAUUCAACUCAUCAGAGAAAAUUAGCUUUUUAUUCAAACAAACAGCAGCAACCUACACACUCCAGCAACACACAUUCCUUGAGUCUGAUCCUCGACUCUUCCUUAUACCUACCGUGUCAAUGAAAGUAAACAACCUGUUCUUUUUCUUUCUUUUUUGAUUUUUUUUAAAGUGCCAUUUUAGGUGUGCCAUGGAUGACUUACAAUGACAUGCAUGGAUGUGAUGAAAAACUACUGUGAAGAUUUUUUUUUUAAUUCUCUGAAGAACCCAGCUAUAUUUAACCAGAUUCAGGAACUGAGGUUUCAUUGUGCUACUUGGCUGACAGCGUCACACACAGAGAUGUUCUUUUAUCUACCUGUAUUUCUGAUAUCCAGUAUUCCUGCUCUGUGUAUCUGGUCUCCGGUAUAAUCUCAUUUUCAGAUCAAUGCAGCCCAGUGAUAUUGCUCUGUAAGUGCAUUCAGUGAAAUGUACUCCGUUCACCUUUAUGUUCAAAUGUUUUAGCUUCUGACGAUAUGGAAUAUUAAACAUUCCUAAGCUUAUGAGUGUGGCCCUCAAUUGGGGUGUUUUUUUCCAUUAUUAUUUAUUUGUUUAAUUAAAUAAUAAUAUGUUUUUCAUUGUUCAGCA